AAUCGGGAAGAUUAGCAGUUUUGUCCUGUACAAAUGGCAAAGGAAGCUCAAACUUCUCCCUCUACCCCUUUUCCUACGGCAGGUUUGGGGCCUUGUGAACUAUCGUGCUCCCAUUCAACUACCCUUAAUUUUCACCAGUGGGUUUUCUGGAGCACAUUUUGCAAUGGCAAAGUACACUGCGGCAAGCCUCGUGCCGCCGCCGCCGCCGCUGCCGCCACUGCUGACAGUGCCGUGAUUAAGAAGCAGAUCAUACGUUUUCUACAACUUCUUAUGCAAACAAUUUAUUGGAAGUGCGUAGUUCAGUUUUGGGGUACAGUGAAGAUUGGCGACAAAACGUACUUGACAACUUGUGACCAGCCUUUUGCUUUCAGGUACUUCACUCAUCGAGACGUCAGGAAACUAUGUGAAUAUAGGAAGCACUGUUUGGACUACUUAAUACCCGUGGAUGAUGAAGAAGAUGAAGUACAGCUUAUAAUUGGUCCCCCUGGUCGGGUGUUCCGCAGUGGAUUCCCUGAACAUGCACCCGAUGUGGGUGAUUACACUAGUAGAGAGUAUCCUCAACGUGAUUAUGCGGUUGACCGUGUCAUGGGAUACUGGGCGUUGCCAAUCUACUAUCAUCUUACUCGGCACCUCCCCAUUAGUAAACCAAGAUCACACAUUAAUAAAAUUGGUAAAAGGAUACGGACGGCUCUCAAGAGCCCCUUUCCUCGCUUGUAUACUUGAUCGGAUUUCAUUGACCCUCCGUCAAUGUUUACAAAGUAACCAACCGUAGGUUCCACUUUACUUCCAA